UUUCGGCGUUUGUUGGAGACGGUUACGCGCUGUAACUUUCGUGCGUGUUGUUCGUGCGCCGCAAAAGUGUUGAGCGUUUUUUUAUGCAAAAAUAAAAUAUAUUGUUGAUAUAUACAUAUAUAUGUAUAUAUAUUUAUAUAUAUAUUUAAUUGUAUUUUAAAGCGAGUGCGCGAGUACGGGCGAACGGACGCGUUACACACGCGUGACGCGAAAAAGUACACGCUUGAGAAAAACGUGCAAAUAAUAACGAAGUUUUACAAGUUAUUCAAUAGCUACAGUGUUUUGGGUAUACAUACAUAUACACAAACAUAUACAUAUUUCGGCAUUGUUGUUGCGCGCAGGAGUAUGCUAAGUCGCAUGGUUGUUUAUCAACUUGAGCGCACAGCCAAACACAACAAGCAACUUUUCGGUAGCGUCACAGGCGGCGCGCUUUAUAUUAACACAAGCAUAGCUACAUACAUACAAACUCAAAAUCACGACGCGUUUAUAAACAACGAGCGCAAUAAAAAACACAUUUACACAACGUCGUCACAAUUUGAUUCUAAUUUAAGUUGACUUAAGUGAAUCGAAGUGAAUAAUUUUGAAAGACAUUGCUUGGCCGUGCGCUCAGACGCAGGCAAAUCAAGACGAGACUUCGAAGUAAACACGGCACGGCAGCGCUUAGGGCGUGUUAAGUUUAGUACAGCGCUGUUGGCAUAAAAACAGACUGCAUAAACACCCAGUUAAACGCCACUGCAGUGCGAAGGACGCGCUGAGCCUUAACUACGACUCACUUGUAUUUAUAGUGCCGCCAUAGCAAAAAUCGUCUGCGUGCAGCUAUAAAAUAGUGCAACGACCCCGCUUCAAUGCAAAUGUCUGCGCGCGUGUGUGUAGCUGUAUGUGUUAAUAAAAGCUUAGAUCCUUCAGCACAUCAGCACAGUAGACAACAUAAAACGGAAGCGGAAGUUUUGCUGCUGGUGGAAGCGUUAAAAUAGUUGCAGACGUCGUAAACCGAAACCCGAACCUACCCACGCAUACUGUGCCUUCACACAAACAAAUAUACAAAUAUACUAGCACAAGUAACAAAAAAAAAACUGUAAAAAUACUCAGUGUUGGUGAAAAGCCUUAAAUACACACACACAUACGCACUCACAUAUAUAUUUACAAGCCAAUGACAAUAAUACCAAAAUUAAUGAUCAGCGUAGAGUUUUGAAUUGGCUACAUUGUUUUUUGCUUGCAUCGGCAAAUGAAAAUCGAUUUUCCACACAACAACAAAAAAGCGCAACAACGCGCCUACAAUCAACGCAGCCCACAAAUACAGAAAAGUUUUUGCCACAGCAAAAUACUCGAACUAAGUGUAACGAAAGCAAUUUCCAAUAAAAUAUAUAUAAAAAAAUCUACAAAAAUAUAAUCGAAAAAGGUGAAUGCGCCGUUUAACGCGUUGACCUUUUGUGCGCGCAUUAACGGCUGAGACGGGGUAGUGGUCACCCCAGCUCAACCCCCAAGUUGUGUAUAAAUUUAGCUCAGCAAUUUAAUUGAGUACUCAACGGCGCGGUAAUAGUGCAGCAAAGCAACAACAAAUAGCUUAUAAAUCGUACUGCACUCAUCAAACGACAAAUGAGUUUCAUAAUUGAAAGUGGCAGCCAGUCAGCAGUGAAUACCAAAACACCAGCAACAACAAUAGAGCGAGCAAACAGCAACAACGACGACGACACUGACGACAGCCAAAUUGACUUUGGCAGGAGCAACGGCAGUCAAGAGUCAUUGCGGCGUCAGCAAGCGCGUCUACCACGACCCACACGUACCUCACCGCCACCCCCCAAACCACCCAAGCCGCUAAAGCUGACAAGGUGCCAUAGCAGCGAGCAUCAGUUGCAACAUUUGCUACACAAGCCAGCGACUUGCAAGCAGCACGAAGUCAGCGAAAUAAAUCACGCGCUGCUACAACAGCAGCAACAACAACAGAAUCAACAAAUCAAGCAUCAGCAUCAUCAUCAUCAACAUCUUCAUAAGCAUAGUCAUUAUAGCCACCACCAGCAGCAACAUCUGCCGCAACAAACACAAACCCAGACUGAACUUACUACACAACAGCAGCUGCUGCAACAACAACAACAGCAAGUCGUACAAAUUGAUAGCGGUAGUUUAAUGCCUUCGCUGGAUUACGGUGUGCCGCCACCGCUGCCGCCAAAACCGAAAACUUUAUUACACAGCAAACCACAACAGCAGCAGCAACAAAAACAACAGCAGCAGCAACAGCUGUUGGAAAAACAACAAUUUUUGCAAAAACGACAACUAUUGCAGCAACAAUUGCAAAAGCAGCUGCAACAACAGCUCAAACAUGUGUUAAAACAACCGCCGCUAACUGCGUUAGAUCAGCAGCAACAGCAACAAAUACAACAACAACAAGCAUUACAUUCCAAUGACACAAAAUAUCAACCGGCAAAAUCGCCCAAACCACCAGCAUCCCCACGUACCCCGAAAUCGCCACAACCAUCCCCCGUCCCGCACGAAUCUCCCGGCGUCAAGUCAAAUACUGUGAAAACCCACACAUUACAAUUCCAUCAUUUUCAUCAUCACAAGUCGGCGCCCACAUUUGAUCUCUUCUUCAAAUCGCCCACGAAUUCAACAUGUACCACGCCACUCUCGAAGUCACGCCGCAAUAGCUCAUAUCAUUCGUACGAUGAUCUCGACGCCACAAGCGCCGAAAAGAAAGUGGUGUCCAGUUUGAAAUAUUUGUGCGCCUGCACGGGCGCCACCUUGCGCAAUCUCUCGAAGAAAACAAAAGAUUUGCAUGCGAAAAAUUACUGUUACACGAAGCCCACGUGGCGUCUCUGGGGCGAGGAGCACGAAAAGAAUGCCAUUUUCACAGUCUACCUUAAGAAGGUGCGCUACCAUCGACCAACACCAUCGGCGAAUAAUGAUUCGGACGAUGAAAUUAGUCAUCUCGAAUGGGAGACGGUGCGUGUGCGCUUCGUGAAGGCGGCCACAUUGGCGCGCCUAGUCGAGGCGUUAGCCACAGACGAUGGUGAAUUGGAGUCGACUUUCAUCAAUGUGUUCCUCUCCACUUACCGCACUUUCUCCACACCCAAAGAGGUGCUCCAAUUGCUCAUACGACGCUACGACACACUCAAUGACAAGCAUCUGCAAGAGAUCGAAGAGCACCAACAACUGGAGGAUGUCAAUUACGAUCCGACAGCAUCCAUACAUGAACAACAUAAAAAAACACUAGUCUCAGCGUUGCAUGUGUGGUUGGAUGGCUUUCCGGAGGACUGGCAUGAGGAGAGCCUGCGUCAGAUAUUGACGUUUGCAUCCAAGCGCUUGCCGCGCUCCGAGUUGCAUUUGAAGGUGCUGCAUCGAUUGGAGCGCAUACUGCGUCAGCAGGUGUAUGGCGAGAGUAGUGUGCCGCCAUGGCUGGCGAGUGGCGUGGGUUCAAAUGCCAACGGUGCUGGCCUGAAUAUGAGCAUGAGUGUGGGUUUGCUGCCGCAACAGUACAGCGCUGAGUUCAGUGAACAAUUUGCGGGACUGUGUUUGGCGCCGGCGCUACGUGGCACCACGCAUUUUCUGCAGGCAUUCCGGUUCCCGCAUGUGCCGGUGCGUCAUUUCGCCGAACAGCUGACGCGCAUGGACUCGGAGCUGUUUAAACGCCUAAUACCGCAUCAGUGCCUGGGUGCAACGUGGGCGCGACGCGACAAAAGUGGCUCUGAAACGGUGGUGGCGACCAUAAAUCAAUUUAAUGCUGUGCUCUUUAGGGUUAUUUCUAGCAUACUGAUUGAGCCCAGACUCAAACCGCAGGAGCGUGCUUUAAAUAUAGCAACCUGGAUUGAUAUUGCGCAGGAGUUGCGUCUGCUGAAGAAUUUCUCCUCGCUGAAGGCGAUCAUUUCCGGACUGCAAUCGAAUCCCAUUUAUAGACUUUCAAAAAUAUGGGCCGUGCUACCCAAAGAAAAGAUGGAAAUUUUCAAUGAACUUGCCAGAAUAUUUUCGGAGGACAACAAUGCUUGGGCGCAGCGCGAAGUACUCAUGCGUGAGGGCACUGCGAAAUUCGCCGAUACGGUGGGUGAGCACGAUCGCCAUCUGCAGAAGAUCAUACAGAAACAAAGCACGCAGACGUCGCAUGGCACCAUACCGUACCUGGGUACCUUCCUCACCGACUUGACCAUGAUACACGCCGCCAUACCGGACACGUUAGGUGAACACCAGCUCAUCAAUUUCGACAAGAAACGCAAAGAGUUCGAAGUGCUGGCGCAAAUCAAAUUGCUACAGGGUGCCGCCAAUACGUACAACCUGCGCGAAGACGCCAACUUCGAUCGUUGGUUUGCGUCGGUGCUGGUGCUGGAUGAGCGUGAGGCGCAUGCACUCUCCUGCCAACUCGAGUCGCCACCGCCGGCGCCACGCAAAUCGACUGCAUCCACGAACACCUCGCUAACGAAUACGACGAUCUCCACGAAUUCCAUGGGCGGCAAUGGACAUCGCAAGACCGAUUCGAUAGCGUCGAACUCCAGCAGCGGUGCCGGUUCGCAAUUCUAUUGUGAACUGAAUAACAGCUAUAGCUCGCACUACAGUUCGCGUCAUAACUCGCUCGAUCGUGACGCACAGGCGCCUAACGCAUCGAUCUUGUCGGCCUCCAGCAGCGUCUCUAAUCUAUCCAUGGACUCGAGCAACUCGGGCGGCCAAAAAUCCAAUACGAAAAUGACGCACUCACACUCGACAAACGGUGUGCGUGGCAGCGCUGGUAGUGGACACAACAGCACACAGCUGAAUGUCGGCUCGCCCAUCAUCAAUGCGCAGCUGGUGCAAACGCCGGGCACGAAGACCAAUAAUGCGCCCGAUUUUUACAUUAUACGCGUUACGUACGAAACGGAGAAUGUCGAGUUGGACGGCAUUGUGCUGUACAAGAGCAUAAUGUUGGGCAAUAACGAGCGCACACCGCACGUCAUACGGAAUGCGAUGAUGAAGCUCGGCCUAGAGGCUGAUCCCGACGACUAUACGCUCGCGCAGGUGCUGCCCGACAAAGAGUUGGUGAUGCCAAGGAACGCGAACGUUUACUACGCGGUCAAUACGACCUACAAUUUGAAUUUCAUCCUGCGGCCGAAGAAGAAAGACGGCGCCAGCAACGGUAGCUAGUGCAUAGGGUCCUCAACGGUGCAGUCGGAGUUCCGUUCGUUGCUCGUGCUGCUUUAGGUGCUUUAGGCAAGCGGCGUGGACGCGUGGUAACUUAUGCUACAGAACUACAACUACAACAAAGGAUUUGUAACUACAUUUACGUGUAAAAAAAUACAUAUAUUUCAUACUCACAAAGAUAAUUAUCCAUUUUGGAAGCGUUUUAUAAUUUAUGUAAUCUCAAAUGAUGGACAAAUAAUUAGUGUACAUAAUUGUUGUAUUUUAGCUUAAUUUUUAAAUAUAUGUAUGUAUGUAUUUUUUGUAAACAUAUUAUACUAUGUAUGUAUAUAUGUGUAAGUUUAUAAUUAAUUUAAUUAGUUUAAUUAAUUUUUAUAUAUGUAUUUUUUUUUUGUAAUAAUCGAAAUUUGGCUUAUAUAUAUUUUUAUACAUUUGUGAAGAGCUUAAAUGUUUAUUUAUUUCGUAUGUUCAUUGCAUAAGUUUUGUUGCUUUAAUAAUGCUUUAAAAAGAAAAAAACAAACAACUAAAAAGUAUGUGUAAGGAAAAAAUGUGAAGAUAAAUGAGCGUAUAAAACAAUAAGUGUAUUUAAUUAAGACUUAAAUGUAAAACGUUUAUUUAAAGUGAGUUCGGCAUGAAGGACGCGGUUUUAUGGAACUCUCUGAAGCUAUGUUUUAUUUAAAGAUAGCUUAAAGGGGUUAAAAUAAAUUUUUUAUAAACAAAAA